AUGUCGAAGCCAAUAAUAAAUCCACAGCCGAAACAAUCAACAGACUAUCGAUCUGCUCCCAACGACAAUAAGCCAGUAGUUGUCGGCCUAUACGGAGUUCCCGGCUCUGGUAAAACAUUUCUGCUGGACCAGCUAAAGGAGGAACUCGGAACAGAGCAUUUUGCGUUCUACGAAGGCUCCAAGGUAAUUGCCACUCUAGUUCCUGGCGAUCUUAACGGGUUCCAGAAGCUAGGAGAACUGGAGAAGGAGAAAUGGCGCAAGCUUGCUAUCGACACGAUCAGAAAAGAGUGCGGAGAGAGCGGUCGAGUUGCAGUUGUCGCCGGACAUUUCAUGUUCUGGUCCGAGGAAGAAGAAGCUGGACGGCCAGUGUAUACUCAAAAUGACCUUGACACCUUCACACAUAUUCUCUACUUGGAUGUUCUCCCUGAGGUCGUCGUGCAACGUCUUUUACAUGACACAGAAAGAGUUCGUCCCUCCACAUCCAUCACCCAUUUGUGCAAGUGGCAGCAGGCCGAAAAGACUCAGCUGCGCCAUCUCUGCCGCAAACAUAAGAUUUUGUUCUCGCUUGUAUCUCCACAUCCGACGAUGCUGAAUAAAGUUUUGACCUUGCUACACGAUUUUCGGCAUCACACUGAGAAAUACAACCUGUGCCAGGCCGAAGGCAGGCUUAAAGAGAUUAUUGCCGCUGGUGAGGGCCGGCUGAAGACUAUGCUGGUCAUGGAUGCCGACAGGACAUUAGCUCCGCAGGAUACUGGGACGUUAUUUUGGCAGAGAGUUCGCAGCUUGUCAAAGGAUGAUACUGAUCCGCUGAAGACGCUAUUCAGCAGUCCAUUACUAUACACGUACACUGCCUUUCGCCAGGCCGUAUUGUUAUAUGAAGAGACGGUCGACGAUGAAAAGUUCGAUUCUCUCUGCCAAGAUGUGGCGGCCUCUGUAACGAUGUAUCCCGAGUUUGUGUCCCUUUUGCAGCGGGUGGCAGGGCAGGAACACGUUGGCGCGGUAGUUGUUACCUGCGGGCUGCGUCGUGUCUGGGAGAAGGUGUUAGAGAGAGAAGGUCUCUCGAAGGAAGUGAAAGUUAUUGGUGGGGGCCGUAUUACCGACGGCUUUGUCGUCACAGCUGCAGUAAAAGCCGCCUUGGUCGGUCGUUUGCAAAAUGCCAACCAGAUAUAUGUCUGGGCGUUCGGAGACAGUCCGCUGGACUUGGAAAUGUUAAGCAAGGCAGAUCAAGCUAUCGUUGUCGUUGGCCAGGAGCAGACUAGAAGCAAGACCAUGGACUUGGACUUGUUUAAUCUUAUCCAUGAUGGCGGUCUUCGAGCAUGUCAGGUUGUGUUACCUAGUUGUACGUCGCCACGGUUGGACACCAAGAUGCUUCCCCUAAUUCAGCUCACGUCGGGCGAGUUUUUUAACUCGAUCCUCCAUUGCCGCCGUCAAGAUGCUGACAUUCAAGUCCUCCAUGCAACACACAGGAAUGCCGCCAAGUUGCUCAUGACGCCAAUGCGCGAUGCAACAAAUGCUGGCCCGCAGCUAAGGGAAGCCCAUCGCCGUGCAGGAUGGUAUUUAGCGACCGAAUUCUUAGCCAACGUGGUCGACAUUGAAGAAUACCCGAUUCCCCACGUCCAAGGCAAUCAGACAAGCGGCUAUCGCCUUUGCAAUGAGCAGCAGACAUUGAUCGUAGCACUGAUGCGUGGCGGAGAACCUAUGGCCCUUGGCGUCAGCGAUGCUUUUCCACUCGCUGUAUUCAUCCAUGCCAACCAUCCCGACGACAUUAUGCUCCAUCACCUACAGGGACAGUGCAACGUAGUACUGGUGGAUUCGGUUGUGAACAGCGGCAAGACGGUAAUACAAUUCGUGCAGCACGUCCGCAAUCUACAUGCCACUAUUCGCAUCGUAGUAGUUGCCGGCAUCAUCCAGGCUCAGUCGGUUUCCGGGGGCAGUCUCACCCAGGCACUCGGUCAGGUAGGGCUUAGUGUUAUUGCUCUUCGUCUCUCCGAGAACAAGUUCACUGGUAGAGGCGCCACUGACACUGGCAACCGUCUGUUCAACACGACGCAUCUGCCCUAG